AUAGAUUACAACUUACAAGUACUACAAUUCAUUAAUAUCAGUCUGAAAAAUAACAUCUGUACAUAAUUUAAAGAUCCAUCUGUAUGUUCUUCUUUGAAGCUUCUUUUACAAAAUACAAAAAGGGGGAAAACAGGAGACACUUCUCACGCAAUAGGUAUAGAUUUCUAUCGGGAUAUUCUUUUCAAUUAUUAAAUUAAUAUUAUAUGAGUGUGUGAAUAGUUGAAAUUAAUUCGAAAAACAGAAAAAGAACCCCUCUUUGAAGUUUGAACAGUCUGUAUUUCUUUAAAUUUCGGUUCUUUAGAACCUUCCUCUCCCCUUUUUGUGAAUUAUAAUCAAAUUGAAUCGAAAUGAUAUUUUUUUAAUUGUUAUUGGUUUGAUUAUUGUGUGUUAGUUGGAAAAAAAUUGAAAAUUUCUUUAAUCAACAUCUUCGCCUUAUUAAAGUCAAAACAUGAAAGCGACACAGAAAGAGAUCCAUGGUUUGAUUCUUCGGUCAAACCUUUCGAGCUCUAAGAAUAAAUCAAAUUAUAUAGCCACCUUCUUCCUUACAUUUUCCUUUUCUUGUUCUUCAAUCAUGCCGAAUAUAUAUAUAGACUUUGGAUUUAGCUCCCAUUGUUGAAAAAAGAAAACCCUUUAUUCAUUUGUUCUUUCUCUUUGUUUUCGUGACACAAACAAUUUGUAGAUUGUCAAGUAACUUUCACGAAUUUGUAGUACACUUUGAUAAGUUCUUGAUUAGGUUAUUUAAUUUAAUUACUGGGGUUUUGAGCUUUUCUGCUUGAACCCAUUAAUUAAUUCCACUUGGGAGGUGAGUAAAACACCAAUUCUUGUUGUUUUUUGAGGGAUUCCUCAUUUGGGUAUCUGUAAAAACAAGGUUUCUUGAAAGAACUCUGGAGUUUUUUUUUCUUCUUCUUCUUCUUCUUCGUAUCAUAGAACAUAAGUAGAAAAAAAAUGGGGACAGGAAGGAAAAGGAGGUUACAUUUUAGCAAGAUCUACUCCUUCAAGUGUGGAAGAAACAGAUUCGACGAUGAUCAUUCACAAAUUGGGGGUCCUGGGUUUUCGAGAGUGGUUUAUUGCAAUGAAACUGGUGUUUCAGAAGCUGCAACUCAAAUUUAUGUAGAUAAUUAUGUGAGAUCAACCAAAUAUACGCCAAUGACUUUUAUACCAAAAUCACUGUUUGAACAGUUCAGAAGAGUCGCAAAUUUCUACUUUCUUGUUACUGGUAUCUUGUCUUUUACAGCUCUAGCUCCUUAUUCAGCUGUUAGCGCUAUUCUUCCUUUAAUCGUUGUCAUUGGUGCUACCAUGGUGAAAGAAGCUAUUGAAGAUUGGCAACGACAACAGCAGGACCAUGAGGUGAAUAAUCGAAAGGUGAAAGUUCAUAGUGGUGGUGGAGUUUUCGAAUCUCGAGAAUGGAAAACACUGAGAGUAGGGGAUGUAGUGAAAGUCGAAAAAGACGAAUUCUUUCCUGCUGAUCUUCUGUUAAUUUCAUCGAGCUAUGAAGAUGCUGUUUGUUACGUUGAAACGAUGAACUUAGAUGGAGAAACAAAUUUGAAGCUAAAACAAUCGUUAGACGCAACUUCCAUGAUCAACGAUGAUUCAAACAUCAACAGCUUCAAAGCAACAGUCAAAUGCGAAGAUCCAAACGCAAGUCUCUACACUUUCGUUGGAACAAUGGAGUUUCAAGAACAACAGUACGCACUUUCACCACAACAACUUCUUCUACGCGAUUCAAAGCUCAGAAACACAGAUUACAUCUAUGGCGUCGUUAUCUUCACUGGUCACGAUACGAAAGUGAUUCAAAACUCUACAGACCCACCAUCGAAAAGAAGUGGGAUUGAAAAACGAAUGGAUAACAUCAUCUAUUUUUUGUUCUUCAUCUUGUUUCUAAUCGCUUUUCUGGGUUCGAUUUACUUCGGGAUUGUUACAAAAAACGAUUUAGAUGGUGACAGAUUGAAACGAUGGUAUUUGAGACCCGACGAUUCAGAGAUCUUUUUCGACCCGAAACGCGCUCCAGCUGCAGCGAUUUUCCAUUUUCUCACAGCUUUAUUGUUAUACACAUAUUUAAUCCCGAUUUCUCUAUACGUUUCAAUAGAAAUCGUGAAAGUUCUACAGACGAUUUUCAUCAACAACGACAUUCAUAUGUACUACGAAGAAGCUGAUAAACCCGCACACGCGCGAACUUCAAAUAUCACGGAAGAACUCGGCCAAAUCGACACGAUUUUAUCAGACAAAACCGGGACUUUAACCUGCAAUUCAAUGGAGUUCAUCAAGUGUUCGAUAGCAGGAACAGCAUACGGACGUGGUGUUACAGAAGUUGAAAGAGCUAUGGCGAAAAAGACAGGAUCACCAUUGGUUGUUAAUGGAAGAGUUCUUGAUGACGAUAAUGGUGAUGAAGACGAUGAUUCUGGGUUAUCUGUAAAAGGGUAUAAUUUUGAAGAUGAAAGGAUCGUUAAUGGCUAUUGGCUUCUUGAACCACGUUCUGAUGUUAUUCAGAAGUUCUUUAGAUUACUUGCGAUUUGUCACACAGCGAUUCCUGAUGUUGAUGAAGAAACAGGGAGAGUUACUUAUGAAGCUGAAUCCCCUGAUGAAGCUGCUUUUGUUAUAGCUGCUAGAGAACUUGGAUUUGAAUUUUAUAAAAGGACACAAACAACUGUUUCUUUUAUGGAGUUAGAUCCUAUGUCCAAGAAAAAAGUCGAAAGGACUUAUGAGCUUUUAAAUGUUCUUGAGUUCAAUAGUGCAAGAAAAAGAAUGUCUGUUAUUGUUCGUGAUGAAUUCGGGAAGCUUCUUUUACUUUGUAAAGGUGCUGAUAGUGUUAUGUUUGAUAGACUUGCAAAAAACGGGAGACAAUUUGAGGAAAAUACAAAAGAACAUGUGAAUGAGUAUGCAGAUGCGGGAUUAAGAACUUUGAUUCUUGCAUAUCGUGAACUUAAUGAAGAAGAAUAUAAAGAAUUUAAUGAAAAAUUUAUAGAAGCUAAAAACUCGGUAAGUGAAGAUCGAGAAGAUUUGAUUGAUGCAACAACCGAAGAAAUCGAAAAAGAUUUGAUUCUUCUUGGUGCUACUGCUGUUGAGGACAAACUCCAAAAAGGGGUGCCCGAAUGCAUUGAUAAACUUGCUCAAGCAGGAAUCAAGAUUUGGGUUCUUACUGGUGACAAAAUGGAAACUGCAAUUAAUAUCGGAUUCGCUUGUAGUUUGCUUAGACAAGGAAUGAAACAAAUUAUAAUCACAUUAGAAUCCCCCGAAAUCAUAUCAGCCGAAAAAGCCGGGGACAAAGACGUAAUUUCAAAGAUGUCGAAAGAAAAUGUGAAGAAACAGAUAUUAGCAGGAAAAGCUCAACUUUCUUCUUCAUCAUCCGAUCCAUACGCUCUAAUUAUCGAUGGGAAAUCUCUCGCAUACGCGUUACAUGAUGACAUUAAAAACACGUUUUUGGAUCUCGCUGUUGGGUGUGCUUCUGUUAUUUGUUGUAGAUCUUCACCAAAACAGAAAGCUUUGGUUACUAGACUUGUGAAAGAGGGAACCGGAAAGACGACUUUGGCAAUCGGUGAUGGGGCUAAUGAUGUCGGAAUGCUUCAGGAAGCCGACAUCGGAAUCGGAAUCAGUGGUGUCGAGGGAAUGCAGGCGGUUAUGUCGAGUGAUAUCGCAAUUGCUCAAUUUCGGUUUCUUGAAAGAUUGCUAUUGGUUCAUGGACAUUGGUGUUAUCGAAGAAUUUCUUCAAUGAUAUGCUAUUUUUUCUAUAAAAAUAUCGUAUUUGGAACCACAGUGUUCUUAUACGAAGCUUACGCAUCAUUCUCGGGUCAACCCGCAUAUAACGAUUGGUAUUUGUCUCUCUACAACGUCUUCUUCACAUCACUUCCCGCCAUUGCAUUAGGCGUCUUCGACCAAGACGUAUCCGCAAGAUUUUGCCUAAAGUUCCCGUUGCUAUACCAAGAAGGUGUCCAGAACACGCUCUUCAGAUGGCGUAGAAUAUUCGGAUGGAUGCUUAACGGGUUAGCCAGUGGCAUAAUCGUCUUUUUCCUAUGUACACGCGCGUUAGACCCCGAGUCAUACCGAAAGAACGGGAAGACAGCUGGGAUGGAAGUUGUGGGGGCCACAAUCUACACGUGUGUCGUAUGGGUAGUCAACUGCCAGAUGGCGCUUGCGGUUAGCUACUUCACUCUAAUCCAACAUGUGUUUAUCUGGGGAGGAAUUAUCCUCUGGUAUCUCUUCCUCCUGGCUUACGGUGCGAUGCCGACUUCCAUUUCAACAACCGCGUACAACGUGUUUCUAGAAACACUCGCGCCCGCCCCUUCGUAUUGGUUUGUGACAUUUUAUGUGGUGAUUGCCGCCUUGAUUCCUUACUAUUGUUACAAAGCGGUUCAAAUGAGAUUCUUCCCGGCUUACCAUGGAAUGAUCCAAUGGAUAAGAUACGAAGGGCAUACCGAUGAUCCGGAGUAUGUUAACAUGGUCCGCCAGCGGUCGAUCCGGACCACAACGGUUGGGUUCACGGCUCGAUCGAUUGCAAGGGACAAUGAUUUGUAUCAUUUGAAUUUGGAGCGACAAGCGUCGAAAUCAUGA